UGUCUGCUAACUAUACCAGCCAUAGUACUGUUAGUCGUUAAAAUAAUUAUGUUGUGUGCUGUGAUUUUUUAAAUUUGUGUAUUAAAGCUAUAUCUGUGAUAUCAGAGUGGAACCUUUCCUUGGCUGUUGACUGUUGGUGGUGAUUCUGAAUUCUAUUCCCAACGAUUCUUUUAACACAUAGGCCCAUCUUCAACUCAUACACUGCAAAGCAAAGAAUCGCCUAGCGACCAAACCAUGAACUAACAACCAAUAAUGGCAGACAAGACGCCCAGUAGACUUCGGAGGCUCCUCAACAGAAGAGUACCAGUAGUGUCUUGGCUACCCCAGUACUCUGCUGACAAAGCAAUAUGUGACCUCAUAGCUGGAGUCACUGUAGGUCUGACAUUGAUGCCCCAAGCCUUGGCCUACGCUGUGUUGGCCGGCCUGGAGCCUCAGUACGGUCUCUACUCGUCUUUCAUGGGAUGUUUCAUCUACUUGGUGUUUGGAAGUUGUAAAGACAUCACCAUAGGACCCACGGCGCUUAUGGCUUUGAUGACAUAUCAGCAAAUCAUUGGGAGGAACCCUGACUUUGCUGUGUUACUGUGCUUCUUAACCGGCAUCGUACAGAUGCUUAUGGGAGUGUUACAUUUAGGUGUGCUGAUUGAUUUCAUCUCCAUCCCAGUGACUGUUGGGUUCACGUCCGCCACGUCGGUGAUUAUCGCCGUUUCUCAGAUCAAAGGGUUGUUGGGACUCAAAUUUGAGUCCUCUGGCUUUCUAGACACCCUGCGUAAAGUCUGUCUACACAUUGAUGAGGCUAGGUUUGCCGACACUAUGCUGGGAGGAACAUGCAUCGUUCUUCUGCUUUUGCUCAGGAAAGUCAAGGACAUCAAGUUUACUGGCCCAGAAGGCAAGAUGACAGACAGACAGAAGCUGCUGACCAAAGCACUGUGGUUGUUGUCCACAGCCAGGAACGCUCUUGCUGUCGUCGUCUGUUCUUGCAUCGCUUACUGGUGUCACUCCAAUGGCCACACACCCUUUGUCCUUACUGGUACUGUAAGAUCUGGGCUUCCACCACUCCAGCUUCCCCCAUUCUUCACUACAGUCAACAAUAGAACCCUGGACAUCUUUGACAUGUGUUACGAGCUUGGUUCAUCCGUGAUUCUUGUCCCCAUCAUUUCAGUGCUGGGGAACGUGGCAAUCGCUAAAGCUUUUGCCAGUGGUGACUCUGUGGACGCCACUCAAGAACUGUUCACAUUAGGUUUGUGCAACAUGUUGGGUUCAUUUGUGUCAUCCAUGCCCGUGACAGGCUCGUUCUCAAGGUCGGCUGUGAACCAUGCUAGCGGAGUACGAACACCAAUGGGCGGUCUGUAUACAGGUUUCCUGAUCCUCUUGGCGCUGGGUGCUCUCACCCCCUACUUCUACUUCAUCCCCAAGGCAGCUUUGGCAGCUGUCAUCAUCUGUGCCGUCAUCUUCAUGAUAGAGUACGAAGUGGUGAAGCCAAUGUGGCGGUCUAGCAAGAAGGACCUUAUACCCACCAUAGCUACUUUCCUCCUCUGUCUGAUACUAGGGGUAGAGUAUGGUAUUCUGGUUGGGGUUGGUGUCAACAUCGUACUGUUGAUAUACCCAUCUGCUAGGCCCUACCUACACAUCGAGAAAGCAAAGAGCCUGGGCGGGGGAGAAUACCUCCUGGUGACCCCAGACAACAGUCUUUACUUCCCUGCCGUAGACUUCAUGAGGUCGCAGGUGGACCGAGCAGGGAUGAGGAAGGGCCAAGGUCAGCUACCAGUAGUGGUGGACUGUAGGUAUAUACUGGGCGCUGACUUUACUGCCGCUAAGGGUAUUGCCUCUUUGAUCUUGGACUUUAGCAGGAGAAAGCAGCCAAUCUACUUCUACAAUCCUCGACCAUCAGUAUUGUCUGUUCUGAAGGGAGUUUGUCUAGAGGAUUUUGUACACGUUGGCACAGAAGAGGAACUAGACUAUAUUAUACAGGAAAAUAACAAAUGCACUCCGAACAAAGAAAAUCACAGCGUGGAAAUGACAGAAAUAAACGAGCACUCUUAUCGACGGAGAAGCAGAACGAAAGAAGAAGAAACUCAUGCACAAGAACCACUACUAAGUAAUGGAUUGAGUAUCGUAAGAAACGCAAGUAAUAUUACUGAAGAUUCGUGAUUAAGGAACACUCAACUAGGCUACCUUAGAUGUUAUGGUAAAGAGAAAAUGUUAAUGCAGAGUUCUCUAUUAUUCUGUAAUCUGUAAUUUCGAAUACAGAUUUACUUUUACUUUGACAUUGUGUCUUGAGAAAAGUAUGUAAUUUGAAUUGUCUGAGUCUUGCCAACUUUUGUAAGUGUCAUAGUUUCAUUUGUGAAACAUUUUUUAAACUAUUUGACAUUCCCUUGUUAAAUUUGUAAUUUAUGUAAGUUGCCGUAUAAUUACAGCAUGUUUCAAACCUUUUCUAAAUGUGACUUUCUACAGUUUGACUUAAAAAUGGAACGAUAACAAAUUUUGAAGAAUAAUUAAACAUGACAUAAUUAGUAAAAAUUUGAAGAUUGCAUACGCUAACAAAUUCCUAUAUAAAAAUAUCUUACCUAGUAUUUUGGGAUUUGUUAGUAUAUUUUUUUUCAAUUAUAGUUUGUUUUCCAAUCGCUCACAACUAUCAAGAUCAAAUCUUGAACCUUAAAGGAUUCAUCGAAAUCUGUGUCUUUCUUUUACUUGGAUAGUUUAUUUUACAACUAUUGGUACUGUUCUGGCACAAUAAUUUUUUUUUACAUUUUAUUGAAUAAUGGUUGUUGUUAAUGGAAUUCAAUGAGUUUGUUAAGUGAUUUCCAAGUUAGAAUCUCAAGGUAAAGUUAAACUUAUAUUGGUUAAGUUAUAAGUGUUUCUUUUUUUAGUGUAUCGCUUAUUAUUAACUUUUAGUGUUCCUUAAAUCUGAUGAAUACUAUUAUUAGCAUGAAUAUUUCACUUA